AUGUACUUCUCCAGUCUUCCUCUGAGUAUCGACGAAUCUACCCUCGAAGCACUCGUGACCCCGUAUAAGAUCAAAUCCAGCCGCUUCUUCCAGACCAAGCUGUCGAACCCGCCACGCGUCAUCGCGUUCGUUCGUCUGGAGACCCGUGCAGCAUGUGAGGAGAUCAUCGAGCGCCUUCACGGCCGGAUGGUCAGAGGGUGGAAUGAUACUGGCAGCCGGAUCUCGGUCCGGUUUGCUGACAGCAACGAGCAGCGGGAGCUUCGUCGUAACGAGCGAGUGCCGCGCGAAACAGAUGCUCCAUCCCCCGCGAAGCUCACCAUGGCACAGGCAGCAUUGCUUAACCUGCACGGCGGCGCACAAAUUCGUAGCCCUUCUUUGCCGCAGCUUUCUCCGCGUCCUGGCCUUGACCCUGCGCUGGUUCUGCCGCCAUCUAGCUCUCUCCCUGCCCACCCUGUGGUGGCGUCGUACCAGCAAUCGUCUCCGAUCCUGCCGGAAGUGGACAACCACAUGGCAGCCCUACUGUCGACAUUGCACGGACCGACCCUGGGUGAUAUCAACGCAGCUCAUCCCGGAAACAGCCGGGCUCGAUACAACGGUUACACGGCUGUUGAGCAGCAGCUUAUCCUGCAGGCUCAGCGCGACGCGUUGGAGUUGCAGCAGCAACAGCUUAUUAGGGACCAGCAGGAAGCCUUGGCUCUCCAGGCUAAACAACAGGCUCUUGCAUUGGAGCAAGCUCGGCUUCAGAAACAGCUCGCGGCCAGUAGACCACUUCGCGCCCGCGCGGAGACCUUCUCGCCCACUGACAGGCUGCCUAUGACCGAAGCUGCGUUCCAUGCCUCUGCUCGGGACUUUACUCGCACCGAAAACAUCAACCGGUCUAACCAUAGCCGUCUCGCGUCCACGGGCACUAGCCUUCCCUCCAUCGAGUCCGCCGUCCACGCUCGGUCGACCACUUUGCCUAGUCACCAUCGCAACAGGAGCGCGUCUAUCUCCAAGAAUGCCCACCACCGUAAAGCGAGCGCGACCGUUGACACGAAGCCCGGUGCUAUCAUCGACUCGCACGACAAUGCAACUAACGCAGCCUCGAACCCUCAGAAGAUCACCAAUGCGCCCUCUGCUCCUACUCACGUCAUGCACGAGGAUUCGCCUCUUGUCAGCCCAGCGCUCACCUUUGCAGCUUCAUCGCCCGCCACUUCCACAUCUACCCUGAGCCCGGCUAGCCCGAUGUUCGUUCCCGGUAGUGUCGGCUUUGGCAAGGCAUCGGUUACCAUCAGCGACGGGACCCAUAUCGAUGGCCUUGGCCUUGGUGUCGGCGUGGACAACUCUAAGGUUCAGUCCGUCGAGAGCAACAUCCGCGACUGAUUGCCUUCCCCGCCUAUGAGCGUUUAGGCAUACGAAUCUGUUUUUCGCAUCCGUUUUCAAGUUUGCGUUCUUCCUUUCCCGAGUUUCGUCCCGCCCCGACACGUUCCCUGUCUUUCGUUCCCCGCGACAGUGUUCCCUCCAUCCGCACGCGUAACUCCAUCGUAUCCUCCGUUUCUGUUCUCAUCCUCUUUAGCACGUUUUUGUUGUUUUGAUACUAAUGGCUAUCGUCCGC